UUGAUACGGGACGAGCUGCAUCAUGGAAUUCCUCAGCUUCGACGUGAAGAACCGUACCCUCGAGUUGCGGAGGGCGGAAGUACCGAAACCGGGACCGAACGAAGUUCGAGUCAGAGUCGCUUAUUCCGGCAUCUGUGGCACCGAUCUUCACAUAUUAGAAGGAACGUUCCCGUGCAAGAAAGAAGGCUUCCUCACUCUUGGCCACGAAUUCGCAGGCACUGUGGACGCUGUCGGUUCCCAGGUGACGAACUUCAAAGUCGGUCAAAGAGUGGCAGUCGACCCUAACAGUGGCUGCAAUACGUGCUCCUUCUGCCACGAUGGAUCUUAUCAGCACUGUAGGGCAGGUGGCAUAAACAACACGAUAGGGAUCUACAGAGACGGUGGAUUCUCCACGCACGCUCUGGUACCGGAAACCCAGGUUCACGUGAUACCAGAUGGCAUCGAUUUGCACCAAGCCGUCCUCCUUGAACCUCUUUCAUGCUUGGCUCAUGGAUGGAAGAGGCUUAAUGGUAUCAAUGUCGGUAAUAAUGUGCUCAUAAUUGGUGCCGGAAUCAUUGGCCUAUUGUGGACCUGCAUGCUGCACUUGCACGGUCUGAGGAAAACAGUAACGGUCAGUGAACCGCAAGAUAAACGACGAAAGAUGCUGACGAAGCUUGAUCUCGAUUUCGAUGCAAAGAGCCCAGAACAAUUAAAAGGUCCGUACGAUGUGGUCGUGGACUGUAGUGGCUCAGGACCUGCUAUGGAAGCAGCUAUUCCUUUGUUAGGACCAGGUGGUCGCUUAUGCAUAUUCGGUGUCGCUAAUCCUAAAGCUAAAUUCAGUAUCGAACCAUUCCAAGUCUACCUGAAGGAGUUGACAGUUAUAGGUGUAAACAUAAACCCCUUCUCGUUCCCCAGAGGAUUGGGUUUAUUACGAGCAAUGGCCGAUAGAUAUCUUCAUUAUGAUAAGUUAGGUAUUAAAGUAUUCUCGUUGUCACAGUAUCGUGAAGCUUUGGAUGCCUUGAAACGAGGUGAGAUCAGUAAAGCUGUGUUCAAAUUAUAAAAGCCAAGAUCGACGAAUUAUCGAAUUAAUAAAAUGGGCAUUUUUUUAAUGAUAACUAAGCACGUUCAGUCAUUUUGUCCUGAAUAUCCGAAAUGAUAGGCACUGAUAUAAGAAAGUUGAUCUUGAUGUAAUUCUCGUUUAUUAAACUCCAUAUUAUUCUAGAAGUAAAUAUAAAAUUGCAAACUCGUAAAAAGGUCAUAAAAAAUCUUAUUUAUUUGAGAUUCUAUGUUUUACUGCACUUAUAAUACUUUAAGUUUGUCCAAGUAAAAUGAAAGACGAUCCCUGUUAUGAGUAUGCAGUCUAUGCGCUUGUUAAUACACAAUAAAAAAUAUCCUAGUUGCGGUCGUAUAAAUAAUUUCGUCUACAAUAUACAAUUGUUGAUCUAGCUCAAGAACAAAUUACAUGCUUUGCAUCAUGAUCAAGGUACUAACAUUGUAUUAUAUGUUAUUAGUUUUUCUUUUGUU